AUGAGAGAUACCGUUGAGAGGAGCCGGCGGUUGAUUGAGGCAACCUCCAACGGCACAGUCGAAGGCCUGGAGAACCGGGAGGGGGGCGUGUGCAAGAGCCGAGCCAUGAAAGUCAUCAUGAAAGUCGGGCAAGUCCCAAACUCUGCGAACCCCGUGGCGCCGGAGACUCCAGAAGACAACGCCAUACCGGAGUCCAGUCCCAGUCCGCCCGACCAGGGUCGGAUUGGACCCGAGAUUCCAGGAAACCCUGACCCCAUGAAUCAAGACCAGUCGGGGUCCUCGGCAAACUCGGACGGCAUCCUGGGCUCCAAAGUGGCCGUGUUCUCCGCCAUCGGGGCCGGCUGCAUCAUCUUCCUCCUGCUCAUCCUCCUCCUCGUCAUCCUGCUCAUCAAGAUGCGCAAGCGUGCCAGGAAAAACGCCCACUCGCAGCCCCGCCCCUCGGCGCUGUCGCUCAGCACCCUGUCCAAUCCCAAGCUGCCGGGCGGCACGGCUGGCACGGAGCCCAGCGACAUCAUCAUUCCGCUGCGGACAGAGAACAACUACUGCCCUCACUAUGAGAAGGUGAGCGGGGACUAUGGCCACCCAGUCUACAUUGUCCAGGAGAUGCCUCCGCAGAGCCCCGCCAACAUCUACUACAAAGUCUGACACGCUUCGCACAAACCGGCGGCGGCACGGUCAGGAGAGAGAGAGAGAGAGAGAGAGAGGAAAAACGGAAAAGAAGAGGAGCGCUUGAUUUAUGUUCUUGGGAAGGACACUUCCUUUUUGCAUCUUGGGGGACUUGAUGCCUCUUUCGAGCCCGUGUUAUUUCUACCACCUGCUGCACAAAUCUGGAGAAACACACGCACUGACCAGUGACCAGCGGGGUUAUGAGCUGACUGACGAGAGAGGUUUAUUCUGUUUGUUUGGGUUGUCUGACAAUCCCCACCCUUCCUCCUUACCUCCCCCCACACCCUCCUCCUCCUCACCCCACCUCCUAGUUUCCUCCACCACCCCCCCGCUGUGCUCUGACGGUGGGAGGCGGAGCUCGAGCAAACCAACAGAUGGAACUUCGAGCUUCGUGGUUCGCUGUCCCUUUUUUUUUUUUUUUUUAAAAGAACGGACAGGAUAUAACUUAUCUCAGUUCCCUGAAGUACAGUCUGUGCUACACCCAAUUAAACACCACCAUCCUAGCACACUAGCCAGGAACAGGCAGACGCAGGCCCGAACGCCACUCAGCCUGCAGUUUGUGUGCCGGGUGACAAAAAGAGAAAAAAAAAGAAGAAAAAAAUCAGUGUGUGUGUGCGUGCGCGUCCGUGUGUGUGUUGGUCGGGGGCUCCGAGCUGGGCCGGGAAACUCUCCAGAUAGCUCAGGUAUCAGACACAGUGUGUGAAAAUAAUGUGUUCCUCUCCCUUCGCACCUCUGAUGUUUGCCUUACUUACUAUUUUUGAUGGAGGAUUUCCUUGAACCCUGAUUCAGUUCACAAAGCAGUUGUAUUUUGUUAGACUUUUCCUACAAGUGCACAAUGUAUAGAGUUGAAAUAGAUCAUCAUUAUCGCUCCAUCGUCUCACCACCCAUGUCAUCCAUCGCUCUUUUUUUUUUUUUUUUUAGUCCUUUAGGUAGUACCUUGACCCGGACUGUUGACGUCGAGGUGUGUAUGUGUGUGUGCGUGUUUGCAGGAAUACUCCCUUCUCCACUGGUCUGAUAUGAGCUUUACCAUUACUCUUGUAUUUAUGACCUACUUGUGUGUGUGUGUGUGUGUUUCAGGGUGUGUCCCCUGUGAGUGUGUCUGGGCAUGUCCAGACCAAUUUUUAUUUUUUUUUUAUCAAGGAAGACUUAUUGGCUUAAGGCUAGAACACUACAUUACUGUAUUGCAAGCUUCAAAAAAACAAGACAGACAGACUGAUACCCCGACAGACAGACGAGAUCAAGAUCUUACAAAACCCUCUCAGUGCUCCAGUUGGCACCCGCUGAAGGUUUUAUUGUGUCUGAUGAGCUUUCAGGGUGAUGGUUUUAAAGACAGCAGGCAGGUUGAUAUUUGUUUGUUCGAGCUUCUAGUGUUACAGUGUAAGCAUCAAACGGUGAGUUCGGUGCCUGCCGCCUGGGCGAGGUGGGCGUAGGUUGGGCGCUUGGCACCGAUUGGCUGGCCUACAUAGGUAGGAUGCCCUAUAUAUAAGUUGGAUUCCGAGCUACGGGCUGAACAUUGGGAUACAGUAUCGUCGGAUGCCAAUUGGCUGCCAUCUGUAGAUGAGUCAGUGGAGUGCACAGUCAGUGGCGUCGCCAGCGUGUGACUAAUCUAUGUGCCAUCUCCAUGCCCACACUCACCAGCCGGGGAGAAGAGUGAGUGAGAGCGGCGGAUAAAGGAGAAAAUGUUCCUGUGACUUGGCUUUAACCUGAGAGGAAGAUGGCGGUGGGGAUGGAGGGUGACGGGUGAGGCAGUUAAAAGGGGGGGGAGGUAGAGGUAGUUUAGCAUUCAUUUCCCCCCCCACCACCCCACCCCUCAUCCUCUCACCAGUUGUGCUGUGAAUAAAAAUGCUGUGCAGAAUAUUCCACAGUCAAGGUGUUCAGACACUGCAGCCCAGCUAUCACACAGCCCAGGGCGGCGACACAGGAUUUACUGCAGCUGGCUGUGUGUGCACGCCGAAGCUCGCUUUUUAGGUUAAGGGUGUGUAGGGGGGGGGAGGCGACGACGGCGGCGUAUGUACAUGUAGGUGCUUAUAAGUGCUUAUUUGUGCUUAUAUGUGCAGUUUUUUCUCCCCCUUCUUCCCACCCUCUCUCCCCCCUCUCUCUCUCUCUCUCCUGUAUGUCUGUGCGGCCGAAACAGACUGGGACUGGAACUUGGUGCUCCAAACAGUGUGGCUGCCAAAGUACAGAGCGCCGCAGUCCCGGCUAAUGAUGUGUGAGAGGAGAGGGGAGCAGAUAAGGACAGCCAUUCCUCAGCACGCUAGACUCGAGCUGACGUUUGACGCACAUGUGCACACACACACACACACACAUACACACACACACAUACAUACACCGAGACUGACGGGUCCAGGUUUUUAUCUCCGGGGCUACGCUGACGGUUGAUGUUUACUCACCGGCAGAGGCGCCUAUCAUCCGCCGCCACAUACUAUUGCCAUCCACGGACAGACACUUGCUGAGUUAAAAGGCAGCCCAGCUUGAAGACUCUGGGAGGGACUCCAAUGGCUUUUGCGUGUCGUUAACCUCGGAGUUAACAACCUAAACAGCUGCUUGUGCUUUUGUGGUCCUGUGUUUUAACUCAGCAUGCAGCCCUCAGUGGCCCUCUGUGAAACACAUCUAGAUCAAAUAUUUUCGUUUCGGAUCGCCGCGCAUCCAUUCACCUACACCAGCCUAGGGAGUCAUUACCAGAUUACCACAAACCCAUGUCUCAUUUUCAUUCAUUCUAGUGACCACUUCUUAAUGUUAUUCAAAAUUUGGGGAGGAAGAAGAAGAAGAAGAAGAAGAAAAAAAGAAAAAAUUAAAAGGAGAUAACAGAGAAAUGUAAAUAUAUGGAUAGAGCCCAAUUUUAAGAUGUAAUUUCACCUGAACACUGCUCAUUAAAGAAAAAUUUAAGAUUAGAUUUUUGUAAUGGAGGAUGUUUGUAAAUAGCUGUCUUUUUAAAUUGUGUUUUGUAUGAAAUCCUUGCAUUUUUUUUUUUUUCUGUCUCUGCAAUAUGUUUUUAUUUUCUUUUUUUUUUUCCUUUAGAGUUAACUGAAUAUUGCAACGGUCACAUGAGCUGUCUUUUCUCGCAGCAUCCAGUAUUGUCAGAAAAAAAAAAAAACGUCUUUGUUACCACACGUGUUUUAAAAAAAUAAUAAAUAACUGGGGUUCUGAGUUAUUUUUUUGUGCUCUUUUUUUUUUUUUUAUUACAUUGCCAUUCAACAGGAGUUGCUCAGAAACUGUUCAGGACUGAAGCUUUGUCACAGAGUGGCUUUGAAAUGGAUAGGUCGCUGAAACUAUGAAUGAUAAGGCCCCCCCCUUCCUCGUUCCCCUGUUGGAGACAGCACUUAACUCUGCGUAUGAAGACUGUGUUAUUCCACUGCCUUUGAGUUACCUACACCUUCCACUCCAUUAUGAGAUGUAACAAAAACAUUUUUGGUCCACCAAGAUGAAUCUUUUCUCAGUUUUAAUAAGUCUAUCGGGCCAGGCGGAGAAAGAGAAAGAGAGAGAGAGAGAGAAGUGGGGAGAUGAAAAAGAAACGAAGCCAUGUAUGAGAGUGUGACCGUACCGCGCUCACCAAUAAAUCAUCUGGUUUACACCACUCAUUAUCUCCCAGGCGGUCCUUUGUUUUAAAGAUGCUCUCUCCUUCUCUUUCCCCUCCCUCCGCCCCUCUCCUUUGUCAUCCCUCCCUUCCUAAUUUAGCACAAGGAUGUUGGUCGCUCAUGCUACGAGCUUCACCGUAGGUUGAUUUCUGCUAUUUGUUUCGAAGCCACAGUAUUAUUUUUCAAUGUGCAUGUGUAAGCGAAAAAAAAAAAAAAAAAACCUGUUGAAUUUGUUUCCCUUUUGUUUGAAUCACAACUGUCAAGUUUUGUAAUUUUAUUUUUUUCGCCAUUCACUUUUUCUUUUUCUUUUUUUUUGCCGCUUCUCAGCGUAACCUGUUGGCACCAGCUACAAUGGAAAUAACGUUCCACCAGUUUGGAAACUACCGCAUAUUGAUAAAUAAAAUUUUUUCCCAUGGAA